AUGGCACAGCUCACCAACGCUGUGGUUACUUCUAACAUCUCCUCCUCUCCUGGAUAUUCACCCCACUUUUCAUGGGACUACAGUGGUAUAGCUGCUACAGUAGUGAUGUCCAUCUCCUUCCUGCUGGGAUUCCCUGGAAACAUCGCUGUCAUCAUUCUCAAGCCAAACUGGGAGAACAUGUCCAGUCUGACCCAGAGUUUGAUGCUGAACCUGGCUGUGUCGGGCCUACUUUGCAUGUUUACCGUUCCAUUUUGGAUUUACUCUUUACUCAACAGCUGGGCCCUGGGCCUGGUGGGCUGCAAGAUCAUAACAUAUUUUGGGUACUGCAGCAUUUAUGCCAGCCUGCUGACUGUGACUGUGAUGAGUGUCCAGCGUUACUUUCAGGUGGUAUACCUGCAAAGGAAUUUAAACCACGUACAAGCAUGGAAGCUGCUGGUUCCACUCUGGCUGGUUGCAAUGAUCCUGUCCAUUCCUGCUUUAGUGGUUCGACAGCUGGUACAACAGUCAGACUGGACAUAUUGCAAACAUCAAUACUAUUCGGUGAACCAGUCAAUGGCCGUGUUGUUGACAGAGAUAGUGGUGGGUUUUGUUUCAGUUUCUGUCAAUGUUUUUUCAUACAUCUGCCUCUACAGAGAGGUGAAUCAGGCAGCCUUUUUCAACAAUCCACAGACCACCAGACUCAUUACCAGCAUCAUUGUAACCUUUUUUGUCGUGUGGGUGCCAUGUCUUGCCAUAAAUGUCCUGGGCGUGGCAGCUAUUUCCCUAAACAAUAAGGACUUGCUGAAGUUUUGCGAAGCAGCAUGGGGCACUGUUACAGCACUAACGUUUGCAAACGGUGCAGUGAAUCCACUCCUGUAUGCCUUUACUUCUAAUCGUUUGUCCACUCUGUGCCAAAGAAAUGCUGAACAUUUAAUGCAGAAGCUCAGAAUUCCCCCACAAUCUAAGUCAGCAAAUACAGUUUCAGACGUAAGAUGA